GUUGGACUGGACACCCGUGCAAGAAACUAGUAAACAGUAAGAUGGCAGUAAUGGUGUUGGGUUCUUUUUCUCUCCUUCACAUUCACAAUCACUUCCCUCCAAUCCACAAACACAAAAUUACUUCCUCUUCCUCUAAUACCCCAAAGUCACAGAAGAACCUCCUUACGAGGCGGAGGGCAAUAGCAUUUGGUCCAAGCCUAUUUGUUGCAGUUGCUUCUUCUUUAACUCACCUUGCACUUGCCCAACAGCAACAAGAAGACCCACUUGAGCAAGAAGAAGACAGAGUAGUGCAACUCUUCCAGGAAGCUUCACCAUCUGUUGUUUUUAUUAAAGACCUUGAAAUAGUUAGAAGCCCCAGGACCACUUCUGAUGAUGUCAAUCUUAUUGAGGAUGAAAAUGCAAAAGUUGAAGGGACAGGUUCAGGCUUCAUCUGGGAUAAGUUUGGUCACAUUGUCACUAAUUACCAUGUUGUAGCUAAAUUGGCAACAGAUGGGAGCGGGAUACAUCGUUUUCUGUAUUUACAGAUUUAUCUAGCGGACACAAGAGGCAAUGGCUUUUACAGAGAAGGAAAGAUUGUUGGUGUUGAUCCAGCAUAUGAUCUGGCCGUCCUUAAGGUUAGUGUUGAAGGGAUUGAAUUAAAGCCUGUUGCUGUUGGCACAUCUCAGAAUUUACAUGUGGGUCAAAGCUGCUUUGCCAUUGGAAAUCCUUACGGAUAUGAGAACACUCUGACAACAGGGGUAGUCAGUGGAUUAGGUAGGGAGAUACCCUCGCCAAAUGGAAGGGCCAUUCGAGGAGCAAUUCAAACAGAUGCUGACAUUAAUGCAGGUAAUUCAGGAGGGCCAUUAAUUGAUUCAUAUGGCCAUGUUAUCGGAGUCAAUACUGCAACUUUUACUCGCAAAGGGACAGGAGUAUCAUCAGGUGUUAACUUUGCAAUUCCAAUCGACACUGUUGUUCGAACUGUACCUUACCUCAUUGUGUAUGGAACAUCUUAUAAGGACAGGUUUUGAUCAUGUUUGUAAAUAAUAUGAAACAUGUACUUGGUUGGUCUUACAUCAAGCUUCGAAGGGUCGGGUUUUGGUCA